UUCCGAGAACCCAUAUCCGGGAAAGAGCGGAAGAGGCAGGCUGGUGAGGUGGGGUCAAGAUGGCGACGCCUUUGAGGAUUCAGAGCGACUGGGCUCAAGCCCUCAGGAAGGAUGAAGGGGAGGCCUGGCUGAGCUGUCACCCCCCAGGGAAACCAACUUUGUAUGGCAGCCUAACCUGUCAAGGAAUUGGCGUUGAUGGCAUCCCAGAGGUUACAGCUUCAGAAGGAUUUAUUGUGAAAGAAGUAAACAAGAAAAGCAUUCAUGUUUCAUGUCCAAAGGAAAAUGCAUCUUCGAAGUUUUUGGCACCAUAUACUACUUUUUCCAGAAUUCAUGCAAAGAGUAUAACGUGCCUGGACAUUUCUAGUGGAGGAGGACUUGGUGUGUCUUCUAGUGCUGACGGGAGCAUGAAAGUCUGGCAGGCUUCCAAUGGAGAACUCAGAAGAGUAUUGGAAGGACAUGUGUUUGAUGUGAAUUGUUGCAGGUUUUUCCCAUCAGGCCUUGUGGUUCUGAGUGGGGGAAUGGAUGCCCAGCUGAAGAUCUGGUCAGCUGAAGAUGCUAGCUGCGUGGUGACCUUCAAAGGUCAUAAAGGAGGUAUCCUAGAUACAGCCAUUGUUGAUCGGGGGAGGAAUGUGGUAUCUGGUUCUCGAGAUGGAACAGCACGACUUUGGGAUUGUGGGCGGUCAGCCUGCCUGGGAGUUAUUGCAGACUGCGGUUCUUCCAUCAAUGGAGUGGCUGUGGGUGCUGCCGACAACUCCAUCAACCUCGGGUCUCCUGAGCAGAUGCCCAGUGAACGGGAGGUUGGAACAGAAUCGAAAAUGCUGCUGUUGGCCCAGGAAGAUAAGAAGCUUCAGUGCCUAGGACUACAGAGCAGGCAGCCGAUAUUUCACUUUAUUGGCUCAGAUGCCUUCAACUGCUGUACUUUUCUCUCUGGCUUCUUGCUAUUGGCUGGAACACAGGAUGGAAACGUUUAUCAGCUGGACGUGAGGAGUCCAAGGGCUCCAGUGCAAGUCAUCCACAGAUCAGGAGCACCGGUUCUGUCCCUGCUGAGAUUCAGAGAUGGCUUUAUUGCUAGCCAAGGUGAUGGAAGUUGUUUCGUUGUCCAGCAAGACUUAGACUAUGUCCUUGAGCUCACCGGGGCCGACUGUGACCCUGUGUACAAGGUGGCCACGUGGGAGAAGCAGAUUUACACAUGUUGUCGAGAUGGUCUUGUACGGCGCUAUCAGCUCUCUGACCUCUGAUUCCUUGGAAAGAGAAGUCAUAGUUAAUGAAAACAAUUGACCCUGAUCAACAAUGAGCAGAAACAUCAUGAGUCCUUCCCAAGGACCCUGAUCUUUAUUGUCUUGGGCACAUUUUGGAGGUCACAGAAAGCCAACAACAUUGGCCGUGUGAACUGUCAUUCCAUAACAAGAGGUACUUUGAACUGAGUAAGAAGUUCACAUAUGCUCACUGCUUUUGCCCCAACUUUAUGUAUAAACUACCCCCAGCAACACAGGGCAAGACUAUGGAUUGCUUACAGUUUGAUCUCACAGCAGUUGUAUUAAAUGUUUACAGGACCAGAGGACUAAAGCCUGUUCUCUGAAAGAAAUAAAGAGAAUAUAUUUGGAGGAGUCUGAAUUUAAAAAACUUUGUUAAAUACUCAUUCCAGCAAAAACCCAGUCAAGCUGAUGGAACUCCAUUUUCAGGGCUUCCCGUUGGCCUGGCCAUAGAGAAGGACUGUUUGACAGUAGCAGUAAACAUCCCAUAAGCAGCAGCCUGGGAGAGGUGUUUAUAUAGGUGGGAUAAGCAACCAUCCCAGCUUUUCUCAGACUGGGAGGCUUUCUGCUCCAUGUAACUUUCCAUCCAGGCAAACCGACAUGGUCAAUCAGUCUGUACACAGGUGAUGGAGUUGAGCCAUUGUAAAGGCAGGGGCCAUCAAACUAUUGUCCCUGGAACAGCUGUAUCAGUUAUUACCAGGAAACUUAGGAACAGAAAUCCUUGAGCCCCACCUCAGACCUACAUCCGAAAUUCUAUGGGUAGCACCCACAGUCAGUACUUAAUCCUUCCAUGAUUUGGAUGCAUGUGAACGUUUGAGACCUAGAGGGAGAGAUGGUAAAGGGCACUUUCGUUAUAAAUGGGACCCAGGGCUCCUAGAACGGCCAGGCUGGUCUGUAGGAGGUGAAGCUGGAGAGGCUUCCAGGACCCGAAUAGUGAAGGGACUUGCGUGCCAGGAAGAAGCUUCAACUUCACUUAGUUGGCUGUAGGGAACCGUGAAGGAGUUUUUCAGCAAGGGUGUGACAUGGUUACUUCUUUUUUUCCUCAACAUAAAAAUGGAAUUAUAAUGUAUGUAUUCCCUGGCUUAUUUUCAUUCAGUGUCUUUGAGUUCUUUUCAUCUCAAUACCUUUAGACCUUCCUCAUUCUUUUUUAACAACUUCCAGAGCAUGAAUAUCAUGUCAUUUACAUUUUAUAGGUUAUUAAAGAAAGUUUUCUUGGCACAUGCCAUAUUUGAACUGGGCCAUGUAGGCUAAGCUCUAGAAUUUAUUUAAGGGAAGAAGGUAAUUCCUGUCUGGGGUAAUAGUAUGAUUUACAGAUUUCUUAAAGGCAUAUUCUCAUGUAAUCUUUAUCACUGCCUUGUGACAUACCAGUAGUAACUCAACGAGAUGACGUGAUUUGCCAAGGGUCAUAGAGAGCAGGAACUUGAACACAGUUUAACUUGUUUUUAAUCUUUAUUAUAUCUUUUUUUCAUUAUCAUUUAGUCCCCUUAUACCCCGCUCCCCCCAGGGAUCCUCACACUGUUGUCUACAUCCAUGAGUCCUUUUUCCUUUUCGCUCAAUCUGUCUUAACUUUAAAUCCCAUUUUUUCCUACCUGUUGCAUAUUCCUAAACAAAAUUGUGAAAAUAAAAUACUGUAAUUCA